AUGAGGGGAAUCGCUAUACGUCCCCAGCGGACGCUUCGAGUGCAAGGCCCCAUUUGCCAGUUUUGCCAAUUCUCGACCCGACCCGAGCUCUCCGCAUCGCCCAAGCUUCAGGGUGAGCCGCUGCGAAAAACCCAGCAGCACGCUGUUUACCAACCUCGCAACCCCGAUUUCAGACGGAGUUAUGCCAAAAAACUGACGCCGAAUUCACCAAAUACUGCUACAAACCGAUUGAACUCCCUUGCGCAGACUGCCAAUUCGUCUUCAGGCGCAGACCGUGUUGUGGAUGACAUUCGGGAAAAGUUCCAGUCGAUAGUCCAGGCAGACAAGGCAGCCCCCGAAGAAGAAGUAGUGGCAUUGCUGCAGCAAUGUCUGCAGACUGUGGAAUCCUACGCCAAUCCGGCCGAGCAGCGAGAAAAGGGGACGUCGAAUGCGACAUCUUCACUGCUGGACCUUGCCGACACGGCCGAAGCCCAUGCCGCAAGACCCGAUAAAGGCCAGCGGCGCAGGGCUACAGAUACCAUAUCGGACAUGGUCGACGAGCUGCUUUUAAACGACAAGGUGUUCAUCUCAACAGAAACCCUCGAGCUCUACACGAAAAUCCAGUCGCUUUUGAAACGGGGCAACCAUUUCCCUCGCAUCUUCUCUCUGUUCGCCAACAAGCCGAUUCCGCAGCCCGGCACGUCGCCGAUCAAGUUCAGCGAGCCGAACCCAGCAGACGUAAAGAAUGCCGUUCCGUCGGAAUUGGCAACUAUGGCGCUGGAUGUGGCUCUGUCGCAAAAAAACCUGCCUUUAGCUCUCGCAAUCAUCGAUACCACCUUCUGCGCACCAGCAUUCUACCGCGCCAAGAUGUUCAAAAAGGCCGGCGUGCCUCUGGGCGGACUGGUCGCGGCGCCGUUGGCGUCGUAUGUGGUUGCGACGUGGGCAGCUAGCUUGCAGAAUACCAUGGACCCCAGCAUGGCGACGGGGAUCGCUUUCACUGCAACACUGGCUUACAUUGGCUUUACUUCAUCUGUGGGCGUGAUAGCAAUCACCACAGCGAACGACCAGAUGGAGCGUGUGGUAUGGUCGUCUGGUAUUCCACUGCGGCACCGGUGGUUACGAGAGGAGGAAAGGGCUGCUCUCGACAAAGUUGCCGUGGCAUGGGGCUUCAAAGAUGUUUUGAGGAGAGGAGAGGAGGAAGGCGAGGAGUGGGAGAAUCUUCGCGAGUUUAUUGGAAUGAGGGGAAUGAUAUUGGACAAGACAGAGCUGAUGGAGGGUAUGCAAUAG